GGGCGGAGUUACCUGUAUUAGACGAGGUUCAAAAAUAGCUUCAGCAUCGCCGCUUCUGUGACUCAAAGGUAAAAUUCUAUCGAUUUAAAAGGUUGAUCUGCAAACAGUAGUAAUAAAAACCUUCACCGUAGCAAUACUUUUGUUCUGGUCUACUUCAUGUAAAAGUGGUUUACCUGCAAAUAUAUUGAAUCGGAAUGUGAUAGUAGAUGUCUUCUGUGUACCUUUCCUUCAUAAAAUGGAACCGAAUGGAGAGAUAGAAAAUAUAAAUUUGGAAAAUGAAACUGACACAAUUAGCGAGAUUGAAACUUUUAUCAAAGUGGAAGAGGAAAAUAGAAGCAAAUAUUUGAUUUAUGGAGUAUUAAGCGAAACACCCCCGAUACAUAUAACUGUACUAUGUGCAUUGCAGCAAGCACUUCUGGCCCUUUCAGGGUCACUGGUCGUGUCCCUGCUCGUUGCAGAGGCUGUUUGCGCCGAGAAUGAUCAAAACGUUAAAGCAAAACUUCUAAGUUCUACUCUCUUUAUGAACGGCAUUACCACGGUGGCUAUGAACUUGUUUGGAAUUAGGUUACCUCUGUUUCAGGGAGCAUCAUCUGAAUACAUCGUCCCGCUGUUGCUAUUAGCGAACGAUGGUAGCUCAUUCUGUUCCAGCAUUAAGACUGAAAGAGCUAUUGAAAGGAACAUCACGACCAACAUGACAGAAGAGCAGCAUGAGGAACUGAUAAUGUCAAAUAUUCAAGCGUUGCAGGGAAGCCUGAUGGUUGCCGGUUUGAUACAUGCUUUCCUUGGCCUCACUGGCUUGAUUGGUGUAUUACUCAGAUAUAUAGGCCCACUCACCAUAGUCCCAACUCUGAUGUUAAUCUUUAUCUUCAUUGUUAAACCGGUCAUCAAUUUCGUUCAAGAAAGCUGGCCAAUAGCUCUGUCAACGGUAGCUGUAGGAGUAAUUCUGUCACUUUAUCUAGCCAAACACAAUAUGCCACUUCCGGUGUGGACACCUUCAGGAGGGUGCCGAAUAAUUCGCUAUCCACUUCAUCAGGUGUUUUCGAUACUAAUAUCCAUAAUAUUCAACUGGGGACUAUGUGCAAUACUUACGGCGGCAGGUGUGUUUCCAGACGAUCCAAAUGCUCUUGGAUACAAGGCUAGAACUGACGCGCGCAAUGACGUCAUACGGGAUAAUCCGUGGUUUAAUUUUCCGUACCCAGGACAAUUUGGUCCAAUCAGUUUCAGUGCAGCAGCUCUCAUAUCAUUCUUAAUUGCUACACUGAUAUCCGUCCUAGAUUCCAUUGGUGACUACUACGCUUGCGCAAGAGUAUGUCGCGUCCCAGCUCCUCCGAGCCACGCAGUGAAUAGAGGGAUAAUGAUCGAAGGUCUUUGUAGUUUCCUGUCAGGUACGGUCGGUUGCGGACAUGCAACAUCAACAAACGGGGGUUGUUUAGGAGCUAUAGGAGUUACAAGGGUUGCAAGCAGGCAGGUGUUUAUAGUUUGUGGUAUAUUCUACAUUCUGUUUGGCGUUUUUGGAAAGUUCUCGGCCAUCUUUGUAACAAUACCAUAUCCUGUCCUAGGUGGCGCUGUCAUUGUACUGUUUGGUAUAUUCUUUGGCGUUAUUAUAUCUAACUUAGAGGUGACUAAGAUGGGAUCAUCAAGGAAUAUCGCUGUAUUGGGCUUAUCAGUUUUUAUUGGCUUAACAGUACCAACAUGGGCACAAUCAAAAGAAAAGCCUAUAGAUACAGGAGACGAAGGUGUUGACAAUAUACUGACAAUGUUGUUGUCCAACCCCAACCUAAUUGGUACUCUGUUGGCAUUUUUUCUUGAUAACACUGUUCCAGGUACUGCUGAGGAAAGAGGGAUUGCGGCGUGGCAAGUGCCAAAGAACGAAGAGACUAUUAAAGUAGAUCCAGACAUGUAUGAUGAAGGCUACGAAGUCUAUGAACCUCUCAUGCCUGAGUCCAUGAUGCAGUGGAAGAUUAUGAAAUAUUUACCAUUUCUCCCAUAUAGACCAAAAAGUGCUGACCAGAAUGACACAGUUUUAUCGAAACAAAUGUAAACAAAAACCAUUCAAGAUCCGAUUCAUUUUCCAUUACAAAAGAAGACUGAAACUGUGUUACUAUGCAAUAAAAUCACCUUUAGUAUUUCACAAGAAUUACGUCAUAGCGACAAAGGUCAUAGCGGCACAAUGAAAAAGAAGACCACGCAUAACAGACAAAUAUUUGAUGGAUGCCGACAAUGAUGUAGAUAAUAGUCCUUGAUAUAGAGUUAAUAUUGAAAUAAGUGAUCUCAAAAAAUGAUUUGCUCUUGAAUGAAAUCAUUGUUUGACGUUCAGAUGCGUAUUAUUCUGUGCUUUGUUACAAAAAUGAAAAAAUGGUCUUUAUAUACCAUUCAGUCUGAACCAUGUAAUGUUGUAGUCUUGUAUCGUAGAAAACCAUAUAUUAUUAUAUAAUA